GAAGAAUGAGCGCAGAAAAGUCGCCGGCCCACCUGUUCCGGGACACAAGUUCCUGCGGCAGCCUCGAGAAAUCACGGCAUCCGUUCAUUUCGCUCACCCCCGUCAGCUGUGGCGCAGCGCGAGGAGCCGCUCGUGAACUUUGACGCAAAAAGAGAAAAUGGGGGAGUGUUGCCUGUCUGCGGAUGAAGCCGAAAGGCUCCGGAUACACAGAGAAAUAGAAAGACAACUGCAACGUGAUAAACGAGACUCUCACCGGGAGCUGAAGCUGCUGCUUUUAGGGACCGGCGAAAGUGGGAAGAGCACGUUCAUCAAACAGAUGAGGAUCAUUCACGGCAGCGGAUACAGCGAAUCAGAAAGGAAAGGCUUCAUCCGCCUGGUGUUUCUGAACAUCUUCACCGGCAUCCAGGCGCUGAUUGAAGCCAUGAAGAACCUGCACAUCGACUACGUCGACAACCGGAACAUUACCCACGCAGAGAGGCUGCGCCAAGUGGACACGGAGAACUUGUGCGCUUUAGAGGCCUGGCAGGCUGACGCAAUUAAGAAAGUGUGGAGUGACCACGGUGUUCAAAGUUGCUACGAGCGCAGGAGGGAAUUCCAGAUAUCUGACUCUGCCAAAUAUUACCUGAGUGACAUGGACAGAAUCUCGGCGCCAUGUUACAUCCCCACUCUGCAGGACAUCCUGAGGGUCAGGGUUCCCACCACAGGCAUCAUAGAGUACCCGUUCGACCUUUCCAAAAUGAUCUUCAGGAUGGUGGAUGUUGGUGGUCAGCGUUCUGAAAGGAAAAAGUGGAUCCACUGCUUCGAAAACGUCACCUCCAUCAUCUUUCUGGCAGCGCUCAACGAGUACGAUCAGGUCCUUUUCGAGAACGAGACGGACAAUCGACUGAAGGAGAGUCUCGCCUUGUUCCAGACCAUCCUCUCGUACUCGUGGUUCCAGCAGGCUUCUACUAUCCUGUUCCUGAACAAAACAGACUUGCUAGAGGAGAAAAUCAAGGGGUCUCACUUGAGGACGUACUUCCCAGAAUUUAGCGGACCUCAGGGCAAUGCUGACGCGGCAAAAAAGUUCAUCUUGGACAUGUACGUGGAGAAGCACAGCGGGCACCAGAAGCCGCUCUACACGCACUACACCUGCGCCACGGACACGGAGAACAUCCGCGUCGUCUUCAAGGCCGUGAAGGACACGCUUUUCAGGGACAACCUGGAGCAGUUCAACCUCGAAUAAGCCCGGUCACGCGUAGAGCAGCGCGAUGGUUUCACAUUCGUGAACAGGAAAACUGGUUACACUUGACUUUUCCUCUGGUAUGCGAUGUGACGGUAAAAACUUGUAUUUAUCUCUGCGCAUCACGAGCAGGUAAAACCUGCUCUGCUGAUCCAGAAGUGAAACGACUGUAGUUUCAUUUACAUUCACACCAGGGUUUAAUACCAUACGUUUGACAGACACUGACAAAUUCUCAUCAGACUGGUUUGAUUAAGCCAGCAAACAAUGUGACCUGCCCUGCGUUACAGCUCCAGCAGCAGAGGAAACGAGGAAGACGUUGCCCGGAAGUCAUUUUUUUCCAACUACAAUAAUGUCGUUUUAUUUCUUCAUGAGAUUUUUCUUUCUUUUUUGUCACAAUGGCGAGAAUAGUAUUUUCAUAAAAAUAUAUAAAAACUGAAAGAAA